AUGCAUGAUAUUGAGAAGGAAGAUCUUAAGUUUAAAUCUUAUAUGAGGAAUGUACAUUUUGAAGUGAAUCUGGAUUUGAUGUCAAAGAUAUUGAAGGUUCUCUCACCCUUCAUUGGUGAGAAUAUGGUUACAUACCCAUAUAAGAAUCUCAAUGAUAAACCUAUGGUCGAGAAUGUUGCUACAGAACUUUAUGGUUCACCUAUUACU